UCCCGGAGCUUGUCCGGCCCACUGAGGCCCCGACCUCCUCUUCCCCCUCCUACAUGUCCCCUCCUCGGCCGGGACAGCCCUGGACCCCUCCUCUAGGAAGACUUCGGGGCUGGAAGCAGGAGCUGAUCGCCUGCUCUCGGCUCUCUGGGACUCCCCCUCUCCUGGUUUCAGGCCCCGCCCUGUCUUUGCUGCCUCGCCCUCCACUCAAACCUCCUGCUCAGCUUGCCAAGGAUUUGGUCCUGAUCCAGGAGGAAAGCAUGGAGCCCAACAGAAUUACCUCUGGGACCCAGAGGAAGUCAUCCCAGGAAUCCGUGACAUUCAAGGAUGUAGCUGUCGAUUUCACUCAGGAAGAGUGGUGUCUCUUGGACACUUCCCAGAAGGCUCUAUACAAAGACGUCAUGCUGGAGACCUCCCAGAAUCUUCUCUCCCUGGGACUUCCAGUUGCCAAAGCAGAUCUGAUUUCCCAUUUGAAUCAGGAGGAAACUUGGAUACUGAAAGAAGAAGACUCAAGGAACUCCUCUAGAGGUGAGGAAACCAGGACUCAAACCAAGGUGUCUACCCCAGAACUGAGCAGUUCCUGUGAUUUCAGUUUGAGAGAAAUCUGGGAUUGUGAAGGCAAUUUGGGGAAGAAGCAAGGAAACUGGGAGAGUCAUUCCAAACCAUUCAAAAUUAACCUCAUGAAGACUUCCAGUAAAGAGAGAGAUGAGGAAUGUGAUAAAUUUCAGAGGACUUUUGGUCAGGAGGUAGAUCUAACCCUUUCUGUUCAACAGACAGUCCCCACUGGAAAGAUUCACAAUGAAUAUAAAGAAAAGGAAAGGAGCUUCAGGCAAUAUUCAGACCUAAUUCAAUUUAAAAAAAUUACCUCAGGGACUGGAUAUUCCAAAUACAGUGACCAUUUUAAUGAGCAAAAUGAGCUGAUUCAUCAUCAAGGGAAGCAAACUGGAAUGAAAAAUUUUCAAGAUAAUCAUGGUGAGACAGCUUUUGCUUUAAUCCCAGACCUUAUUAGUCAUCAAAAAAACCAUACUGGUGAAAUGUCUUAUAAAGUUGAUGAAUGUGGUACAGGCUUCAUCCAUCAAUCAUCUCUUAGUUUACAUCAGAGAGUUCAUUCUAAAGAGACAUUGCAUGGGUGUAAUCACUGCUGGAAGGUCUUUUUUCAGAGCACAGAUCUUAUUAAACAUCAGAAAAUCCAUAGACCAGAAAAGCCUCAGAGUUCAUCCCUUAUUUUGCAUCAGAGGAUUAAUUCUGGAGAGAAAAUUUAUAAAUGUAAUUAUUGUGGAAAGGCUUUCAGACAGUCCUCCAAUCUUGUCGUACAUCAGAGGGUACAUACUGGAGAGAAGCCCUAUAAAUGUAAUGAAUGUGGGAAGGCCUUCAGCCAAAGCUCAUCUCUUAUGACACAUCACAGGAUUCAUUCUGGAGAAAAACCUAACAGAUGUAAUGAAUGUGGGAAAGCCUUCAGUCAGAGCUCAUCCCUUAUUGCACAUCAAAGGAUUCAUACUGGAGAGAAGCCCUAUACAUGUAAUGAAUGUGGGAAAGCCUUCUGCCAUAGUUCAUCCCUUAUUGUUCAUCGAAGGAUUCAUUCCAGAGAAAAACCUUACAAAUAUAAUCAGUGUGCAAAAACUUUCAUAAAGCCUUCCAAACUUACAGUACACCAAAAGAGCCACACUGGAGAAAAGCCCUAUAAAUGUAAUGAAUGUGAUAAGGUCUUCAGGUGGAGAGCAAAGCUUAUUGCACAUGAGAGAAUUCAUAAUGGAGAGAAAGCUUAUGAAUGUAAUCAGUGUGGAAAAGCUUUCAGACAGUCCUCCAAACUUGCAGUACAUCAGAGGAUUCAUACAAAAGAGAAACUGUAUCAAUGUAAUGAGUGUGGGAAAGUCUUUCACCAGAAGUCAUCCCUUGUUGUACACCAAAAGAUUCAUUCUGGAGAAGAAGCUUAUAAAUGUAAUCAUUGUGGAAAGACUUUUAGAAAGCUUUCCAAACUUGUAGUACAUCUGGGCAUUCAUGCUGCAGAAAAGUCCUAUAAAUGUAAUGAGUGUGGGAAGGCCUUCAGUGAAAAUUCAUCCCUUACUGCACACAAGAUGAUUCAUACUGGAGAAAAACCUUACAAAUGUAGUCAAUGUGGAAAGGCUUUCAGACAGUCCUGCAACCUUGCUGUACAUCAGAGAAUCCAUACUCGGGAGAAGCGUUAUAAAUGUAAGGAAUGUGGGAAAGUCUUCAGUGAAAGGUCAUCCCUUAUUGGACAUCAGAAGAUUCAUUCUGGAGAGAAACCUUAUAAAUGUAAUGAAUGUGGGAAUGCCUUCAGGCAGAGCUCAUCCCUUAUUGCCCAUCAAAGGAUUCAUACUGGAGAGAAGCCCUACAAAUGUAGUGAGUGUGGGAAGGCCUUCAGCCGGAGCUCAUCCUUUAUUGCCCAUCAAAGGAUUCAUACUGGAGAGAAGCCCUAUAAAUGUAAUGAAUGUGGCAAUGCUUUCAGCCACAGCUCAUCCCUUAUUGCACACCAGAGGAUUCAUACUGGAGAGAAGCCCUUUAAAUGUAAUGAAUGUGGGAAGUCUUUCAGCCACAUUUCCUCCCUUAUUGCACAUCAGAGGAUUCAUACUGGAGAGAAGCCCUUUAAAUGCAAUGAAUGUGGAAAGUGUUUUAGCCAGAAGUCAUCCCUCAUUGUACAUCAGAGGAUUCAUUCUGGAGAGAAACCUUAUAAAUGUGAUCAGUGUAUGAAGGCUUUCAUAAAUGCCUCCAAACUUUCUGUCCAUAAGAGGAUUCACACUGGAGAGAAGCCCUAUAAAUGUAGUGAAUGUGGGAAGGCCUUCAGCCGUAGUGCAAACCUCAUUGUACAUCAGAAGACUCAUAACGGAGAUAAAUCUCAUAAAUAUAAUCACAAGUCUUUUGGACAGACCUCCACCCUUGUACAGAAGAGAAUGAAUACUGGAGAGAAGAUCUACAAAGAUAAUGAAUAUGAGAAAGCCUUUACUCUGAACUCCUUUCUUACUGGGCAGGAAAGAAUUCAUACUGGAGUAAAACCUUCUAAAUCUAUUUGAGGUGGGAAUUCUUUUAGCUGGAGGGUAGAACCUAACCACAUAUCAGAAAAUUAAGGUUUUUCGUGAAUCUAUACUAUUUAAUGUAUUUUUUAAAAAGUUUAGAUCCAUCAUGUGUUACUAUAAAUUAAUGUUCCAAAACAUCCAGAGACCAUAGUUUCUUCAGCCAUUCCAUAAAUGAUUGGCAACUACUUUGUUUCCAGUUUGUUGCUAUGCUACCAGAAAAAUUGCUGCUAGUAAUAUUUUGGUGUAUGGUCAACCUUUUAAGGGCAGCUAGGAGGUGCAGUGGAUAGAGUGCCAGACCUGGAGUCUGAAAGACCUGAGUUCAAAUCUGGCCUCAGACCCUAGAUGACUCACUUAACCCUG